UUUAUGCAGAGGUCAGAAAACAAAUGGCCAGACUAAUUCGAGCUGUUAGAAAGACAACAGUGAUUUUACAAGCAAGAUAUGCAAAAGAGCAUCUCUGAAAGCACAUCUGACCUUGAAGCAGAUGGGCUACAGCAACAGAUGACCAAACUGGAGGCCAGUCCUGUCAGCUAAGAACAGGAAACUGAGGCUAUAGUUUGCACAGACUCACAAAAAUUGGACAAUAGAAGACUGGAAAAACAUCGUAGUCAUAUGGCCUCCACAUUCACCAAAUGUCAAUUCAAAUCCAUGUCAAGUAUGCAUUUCUAUUGGUUGCAAGUAAACCUCUGACAUAGUGUUAGUGUAUUUGCUCUUUCAUACAUAUUCAUACAUACAGAGGAUUCAGACAUCCAUACAGAAUUCAUAAAAGUGAGUAGUGAGAAGUGCAUCAACACAGAAACAAAUAGCUAUAGUAGUGAGGCAUAUGAGGUAUAUGUAGAAAUAAUAGUAGAAACAAUGUAGACACAAUAGCAGUGUGUGUAAAAACAAGGAGAAUGUCUUAUAUGAGUGAGAAUAUGCGUCACAGAUUUGAGUUCUGCAUUAAGAGUAGCGAGAAUGACCUUUCUGCUGUCAGAACUGAGCCAAAGCGAUGGAGAAAAACUGUAAAAAAAAGAAAGAAAGAAAAAAGGAAAUUAAUACAUAAAUAGAUAAAAGAAAAAGGUAAACACAAACAAGAGGAUAGAGAUACAGAGAAUUUAUUAAGCUAAUUUUGGAAAAGUGAAUAGUUUUGGCACAACAGUAAAUUCAGAUGAUAAUUCAGAUUGGAAAAGCUGCCGACAGGACAGGUGAAAAAGGACAGACGAAUCUCCUUCUGGAAGGGAAACUUACAAUUACAUAUGCCAUAAAGCCAGCUGCAAACAUACUCUCGUUUACAAUUCACAAAUUCACAAGUCACGAAACUGAGGCUGUGCUGUACUUGGCCCCUCAGCUAAAAUGAGUUUGACCACUCCUUUGCAGUAUGUGGCAGUGUGCACCUUCCACAACAAAUACAAGGAAGAAGAGUCUUUGGCCCUUUAAGACUUUUGGUUGCUGUGAUUGGCUCAGUCCAUUUUGUUGCAGGAAGCAGUCGUUGUACUGCACAAAGUGCUAUUCCAGCGCAAUAACCACAAAUAGUUUGAGUAUUAUCAACAGUAUAAAGGUAUAGUAGGUAGUCACGCUUUAUGCCGUGCGGAAAAAUUGUGUCAUGAAUUAAAAUGCUUCGUUAUGCCAGUAACGUUGCUUGCUUCACCAUGUAGCGGCAAAUUUGAAACAGCUAACCAACAUAACGCCGAUUCUGUUGUUAGCUAGCAGACACGUACAAUUCAAGUUCAGCAAAAAUAAAUGGUCUUAUGGUUGAAUACAAUGGGCUGAGUAUUGUUUAGCGACGUAACUCUCGCCCAACGGCACUGACAGAUCUUUUUCCCAAACGGUGAGUAGCGAUGAGGAUGCUGAGGAAUGGAGGCCACCGAAGCCAAAGUCAAAAGCCCCCAACAAAACUGCUAGAGGUACUGCAACUGGUGAAAAGAAAACAACUGCCAAGAAAACUGCAAAACCAAAAGAGGCAAAAGCACCCAAAGAACCUAAAGCUCCCAAAGUGCCUAAAGAACCUAAGCUAAGGGCACCACGUAAACCUGCAGCAGGACGAAAAAAACAGGCUGCUAAAAGUCUAAAGGAUUCUGAAGCCUCAGUGUUGGCUGGAAUGGAGAGGAAAAAAGUGGAUAACGAUUAUAGAGAAAAAACAGGAGGAAUUCAAACUGACUGUCCAGAGGAAACGAGGGCUGAAGAGAGCGGGACUAGUGUCAGAACGAAGGAAGAGAGGGUGUCAUUUAUUGUGUCAGAAUCCUAUCAGAGAGACAGAUGGGCAGACGAGGGGUCUUCACAAGCUUGGCUUGGAGUGAAGAAAGAGGAAGUAGAUGCGGAGGAUUUUACUUUUGAUGAGCCCUGUUUAAAGAAACAAAAGACCAGUGCUGCCUGCAUGGGACGGCCGACUAAUUUACCAUCAUCUGAAGCGCAGUCUUUGAGGAAUGAACUCAAUAUGAACUGGGACUUGAUAGAGUUCUUUGGCAAAGAGGACUCAGUCUGUGGUUCAGACCCUGAAGAAAGAUGGGGUGUUAACAACUGAACUGGAACAAAACCUGAGGAACUGCCGUUCAGCUGAUGAACUGGAUCAUGUGUACUCCCCCUAUAAGAAAGGCAGCAAGCUGACAAAAGCUCGCAGGGCCAAAGCACUUGGCCUUGAGGACGCUGCUUCUGCAUUGAUGAACACACCACACACUCUAGAUUUAAGGGCAUGGAUAAAACCUGGUACUGAAGACGCUGGCUAUUAACCGAGGGGAGAGUCUCAAGAUUUUGACAGUGAAGGUGAACAUCCCCGACAGGGUGAAGAGUGACUUCACUAGGUGGUGCAUCAACAACAGGUGGAGGCCAAAGACAUUUGCAAAAGAAGAACUUCAUGCAAUCAUUAGGAAUGCAGUGGAGGAUUCAUAUAAAAGGCUUAUUCUUCCUUUCCUCACCAGGAGUUACAGGACUAAGCUGACGAGUGCAGCGGAGAAGGAGUCAAUCGCCAUGUUUGUGCGCAACCUCCGCCAGCGCCUGUUGGUGUGUCCAGUGAGAGGCUGUGUCAUCAUGGGGGUGGACCCUGGCUUCAGACAUGGCUGCAAGCUGGCAAUUCUCUCACCUACUAGUCAGAUUCUCCAAACUGAUGUUGUGUACCUGCAUAAUUCAAACCAACCAAGGGAAGCAGAGAAAUUACGCCACCUUAUGACCAAAUACAGCUGUAGUAGGGUUGUCAUUGGCAAUGGGACAGCAUGUCGGGAAACAGAGUCCUUCUUCGCUGACCUCAUCUCCCGGCGGUAUUUUCACCCGCUGGAUGUGUCCUAUUGUAUAACCAAUGAGGCAGGAGCAUCCAUCUACAGUGUGAGUCCCGAGGCAGUCCAAGAGAUGCCAGACCUGGACCCUAACCUUAGGAGUGCAGUGUCGAUUGGAAGACGUGUCCAAGAUCCGCUGGCUGAGCUUGUGAAGAUUGAUCCCAAACACAUAGGCAUUGGAACAUAUCAGCAUGACGUGUCAGCUGGAGCUUUGAAGACAGCAUUGGAUGGCGUGGUGCAGGAGUGUGUGAGCUUUGUUGGUGUGGACAUUAACAUCUGCUCUGAGAUACUGAUGAGGCAUGUAGCAGGCUUAAAUGCGGGAAGGGCACGGAGUAUCACAGAAUGGAGAGAGCAGCACGGUCCCUUCAUCAACAGGGAGCAGCUGAAGCUGGUCAAAGGCAUGGGGCCCAAGUCCUACCAGCAGUGUGCUGGCUUCAUUAGAAUAAACCCACAAACUCUAUCCAGUGUCAGAUCAUCAUCUAACCAGGCACCAGAAGUGCCCGAGAAACCUGCAGCUAAGAAAGGCAAGGGAAAAACUGGUGUCAACGUCUCAACCUCAUUUAACCCCCUCGAUCAGACCUGUAUACACCCGGAGUCCUACCAUGUAGCACAAAGAUUUCUGUCUCUUGUGGGUGGGAGUGUGGACCAAAUUGGGAGUACAACCCUGAAACACUGUGUGGAGAACAAAGUUAAGACAAGCAGUGUAGAGGAGCUGGCCCGCACCCUGGACACCACACCCGAGACCCUCAAACUCAUUAUAGACGGCCUGACGCAGCCCCCCGGGUUUGACAUACGACAAAAUUUUGGACAAGCGGACUUUAAGCGGGGCGUUGUGUCCAUGAGUGAUCUGCGGGUGGGUGCUGUGCUGACAGGCCGUGUGGACAACACCGCUCUGUUCGGGGCUUUUGUAGAUAUUGGCGUUGGCCGUGCAGGCCUCAUCCACAAGAGCAACAUCACCCUGGACAAGCUGCCUGUCAGCCAGCGUCGUCGCAGCCUGGCUCUAGGACCUGGGGAACGAGUGGAGGUCCGGGUCCUGAAUGUUGACCUUCAGAGGGGACGGAUUGGGCUGGACCUGAUCAGGGUCUUGCAAUAGAGUCACUUAAUACCUAUGAUUUUCACUAGAAGUGUGACAGAAAAUUACAGGUUUUAAACUGCUAAGGCCUGAGAUACACAGACCUUGGUCAGUGACCCCCUUGGCAGUCUCUGAUUCUUAGGGUAAAAUGUCUGUUUUGUGACCCACUGACAAGUAAUUCCUGAAGGCUGGUGGCAGUGACUAUUUGAGUUGUUGUAAAACUUGCUGUGCCUCUCCACUGCAACCAACACUUGAAUUGAAUUGAUUUCCUCAGGCAACAACUUGACAACCAGUCAGGGAAUACACAUUUUACCCCCCAUGACCAGUGCUCACCAGAUGGUUGCCGACCACUCUCGAAUCCUGUGUGACUAGUGCCUAACUUGGCUAGUUUUAAAAUGAUCAAUUUCAGUGAACAGCUGUUGCAAGUUUAGAAAUAAAAGCAAAAAUUUCAAGUCAUGUUUAACAGUUAGGACACUUCAUUUGGGACUUGUUCUCAGUCUGUUUGUCAUUUAGAGGGGGUGCUUUGCUCGGGACAGAGCACUACACCUGUUUGCUGAACUAAAGGCAGAAAUAUGUUUUCUGAUCUUGAAACGAAGACUCUGAUUGGAUAGCUUAGUGAGAUGAUAUCACAAUUAUUUGCACUUUAGUUGUUUGUAAUGCUGAAUAUGACAUACUUGAGCGACUAUUGCUAAUGUUUGUAAUACUUGGUAUUCUCAUUAUUCUCUUGGAUUAUUACUUGAAUAAAAGAAAAAUCAGUUCUUCUCUAUGUUCUUUGUCUUCUGAUUUUAGCAGUUGUUAUUGACUUUUGGAUACCUUAAAGAAAACCAUUUGAACAAACAGACUGAAAUUCUGCUUAGUGCUGUUUCAUCUGCAGUUGAUGGUUUGAAGUUAAAAUAUUAAACAUAUCUAUCUAUCUAUCUAUCUAUCUAU